AUGGGCACCAACGGCAAAGUCAUUAAAUGCAAAGCAGCCAUAGCCUGGGAAGCAGGCAAGCCCCUUUGCAUUGAAGAGGUUGAAGUCGCUCCCCCCAAGGCUCAUGAAAUUCGAAUUCAAAUAAUCGCCAUUUCUGUGUGCCAUACUGACACCCAUCCUAUUGACCCAAAAUCUGAGGAGACUUUUUUACCAGUGAUCCUUGGCCAUGAGGCUGCAGGAAUUGUAGAAAGUGUUGGGCCAGGCGUGACCAACUUCAAACCAGGUGACAAAGUAAUUCCACUCUACAUGCCUCAGUGCAGAAAAUGCAAGUUUUGUCUGAGUCCAUUCACAAAUUUAUGUGAAAAACUCAAUCUAGACAAAAGUCCUGUUGUUGAUCAAGAACUAAUGGAAGACAAAACUAGCAGGUUUACCUGCAAAGGAAAAUCAAUUUACCAUUUCAUGGGGAUCAGUGCUUUCUCUCAGUACACUGUAGUGUCAGAUAAAAAUCUUGCCAAAAUCGAUGAUGAUGCAAAUUUAGAAAGAGUUUGUCUGCUUGGAUGUGGGUUUUCAACUGGCUAUGGAGCUGCACUCAACAACGCCAAGGUCACCCCUGGUUCUACUUGCGCGAUCUUCGGCUUAGGAGGCGUCGGUCUCUCUGCUAUAACGGGUUGUAAAGUGGCAGGAGCUUCCAGAAUCAUAGCUAUUGACAUCAACAGUGAGAAGUUUACAAAGGCCAAAGCCCUUGGAGCCACUGACUGCCUCAAUCCUAGAGACCUAGAUAAACCCGUCCAGAAGGUCAUCAUUGAAAUGACCAAAGGAGGAGUGGAUUUUGCCCUUGACUGUGCGGGUGGAUCUGAAACCAUGAGAGCAGCCCUGGACUGCACAAAAGUAGGUGGGGGAUCAUGUACUUUCAUUGGAGUAGCCGUUGGUGACAAAGGAUUGACUAUUUCUCCACUGGAGCUAAUAAUGGGCCGUACUAUAAAUGGAACAACCUUUGGUGGUUGGAAAGGUGUCGAUUCUGUCCCAAAGCUGGUUACUGACUACAAGAAUAAGAAAUUUGAUCUGGAUGUAUUGGUGACCCACACCCUGCCUUUUGACAAAAUCAACGAGGCAUUUGACCUUAUGCACCAAGGAAAAAGCAUUCGGACAGUCCUGAUCUUUUGAAGACACCAGGAACAAUUUGGAAUACUAUCUGACUGACUCUGAACCUGUCUGGUUAAUUUGAUACGAUGAAGCAAGGAUC